AUGAGACUUGCUACAGAGCUUGAGGAGAGGAGGAGACAAAGAACCCUUAGGGAGAUAGAGAAGAGGGAGCUUGAGGAAGCUCAGGCAUUACUGGAGGACACUGAGAAACGCCAGAGAAAGGGAAAAAAUAUUAUAGUUGUAGAUGCAUUUUCUCCAAAUGUAGGAGAAGGUAUUGCAACAAAGGUUGGAGAGGGUCAUUAG